AUGCCGCCACCUCCAGCUCCAGCUCCCCACCCACAACAAACAGCACACUCGCACUCCCUUUCCGACCCAGAGACCUUCUGGACCACACACGCGAAUCGGCUCCACUGGGCCCAAAACCCAACUUCGGCUCUGACCCGAAGAACGAAGACGCUGCCAAGCGGUGUCCAGCACGAGCAUUGGUCCUGGUUUGAGGACGGUAAGAUCUCCACAAGCUACAAUUGCCUUGAUCGGCAUGUGGAGAAUGGAUUGGGCGACCAGGUCGCUAUUAUCUGGGAGUCUCCCGUGACAAACACCACGGAGGAAUAUACGUACCGGCGGCUACUGGAUGAAGUGGAGGUUUUGGCGGGCGUGCUUAGGGAGGAGGGUGUUAAGAGAGGUGAUGUUGUUAUUAUUUACAUGCCAAUGAUCCCCGCCGCUCUAAUCGCUGCACUGGCAAUAACCCGCCUCGGCGCAAUACACGCCGCCGUCUUCGGCGGCUUCGCAGCCGCGUCCCUAGCGCAACGAAUUGAUGCAGCGCGUCCCAAAGCAAUCAUGACCGCCUCGUGCGGAAUUGAAGGGUCCAAGGAUCCAAUCUCGUACCGGCCGCUCGUGGAGGGUGCCGUAUCUGCUGCCACGUUCAAACCUAGCAAAGUGAUCGUCUGGCAGCGGGACCAGCUGCGGUGGAAUAAUCCGGAUAAACUUGGUGGGCAGCGGAACUGGCAGCGUCUUGUCAAGAGUGCACGUAUGCGCGGGGUAAAGGCAGGUCCUGUACCUAUCAAAAGCACGGAUGCGCUUUAUAUAAUUUAUACCAGCGGAACAACCGGUCUACCAAAAGGCGUCGUCCGCGAAGCAGGCGGCCACGCCGUCGGCCUAGACCUCUCCAUCCGCUCGCUAUUCAACAUCCAAGGACCGGGCGACGUGAUGUUCUGCGCCUCGGAUAUCGGCUGGGUCGUCGGGCACUCAUAUAUCCUGUACGCACCACUACUAGUCGGCGCAACGACAGUCCUAUUCGAGGGUAAACCGAUUGGAACCCCCGACGCAGGAACCUUCUGGCGUAUCGUCGAGAAACAUCAAGUCAACACGCUCUUCACAGCACCAACGGCCAUGCGCGCCAUUCGCAAAGAUGAUCCCAACGAUACAUUCUUCAAACAGGUCGGUCAACGGGGCGGUCUUAAAUCACUGCGUGGCCUGUUUCUAGCCGGUGAACGCUCCGAGCCGAGUAUCGUUUCCGCGUACCAGGGACUUCUGUCGAAAUAUGCGGCCGCGGGUGCGCAGGUCGUUGAUAAUUGGUGGUCUUCGGAGAGUGGCUCGCCUAUUACGGGUCUUGCACUGGAUGCCGGUGCGGCUCUUGUCACGCCUACACCCACAACCCCAGAGACCAAAGCAAAGGCCCUACCAACGCGACCCGGCUCGGCAGGUCUUCCCAUGCCAGGCUUCGACGUCCGAAUCGUCGACGACAGCGGACAGGAAGUCAAGCCGGGAACAAUGGGCAACAUCGUCAUGAAAGCGCCCCUCGCUCCGACAGCCUUUACAACCCUUUUCCAGGACGAGGAGCGCUUUUAUAAGGGGUAUUUGAAGAGAUUCGAUCAGGCGGGUAAUUGGGUUGAUACAGGCGAUGCGGGGCUAAUCGACGAGGACGGCUACGUGCAUAUUAUGUCGAGGUCGGAUGAUAUAAUUAACGUUGCGGCGCACCGGUUUAGUACUGGAACGAUCGAACAAGCAAUUCUCUCCCACCCCUCUAUAAGCGAAGCAAGCGUCGUCGGAAUACCAGAUCCGAUUAAAGGGCAUCUCCCCUUUGCAUUCAUCCACCUCCGUGACAGCGGCGAAGAUCUCCCCGCAAAGGCUCCGGCGAAACUCUUCAGCGAAGUAAAUGCCCUAGUUAGGACUCAGAUUGGGGCUAUUGCGUCGCUGGGCGGGAUGAUUCAGGGGCGGGGCAUGAUUCCGAAGACUAGGAGUGGGAAGACGUUGAGGCGGGUGUUGAGGGAACUUGUUGAGCGGGGUGUGAGGGGUGAUUUUGAGGGGAGUGUUAGUGUGCCGCCGACUGUUGAGGAUUUGGAUGUUGUUGACGUGGCGAGGGGGAGGGUUAGGGAGUAUUUCCAGACUCGGGUUGGGGAUGGAGGUAGGGCUAAGGCUAAGCUUUAG